CUGAAAGCCGUCCCCACGCCGGUCUCUUUUUUCUGCCUUCUUGUUUCCCUCCGGCGAGUCGGCGCGACGGUGAAUUUCCGUUUCCGGCGGUGUCCAUGCUGAACUGAGGAGUCGCAGUUGCCAGCAGGUUAGAGUUACUUGUUAUUGGUAAAUAGCUACAAUGGAGACUAAAGACCAGAAGAAACACAGAAAGAAAAACAGUGGGCCCAAAGCUGAAAAGAAAAAGAAGCGGCAUCUGCAGGAUCUCCAGCUAGGAGAUGAAGAAGAUGCCCGGAAGAGAAAUCCCAAAGCUUUUGCAGUUCAGUCUGCUGUGCGGAUGGCUCGAUCCUUUCACAGGACUCAGGAUUUGAAGACAAAAAAGCAUCAUAUUCCAGUGGUUGAUCGAACUCCACUGGAGCCCCCACCAAUAGUGGUAGUGGUGAUGGGGCCUCCAAAAGUUGGAAAGAGCACUUUGAUACAAUGCCUCAUUCGGAACUUCACCCGGCAGAAGCUGACCGAGAUCAGAGGCCCUGUGACGAUUGUGUCAGGUAAAAAGCGCAGACUCACCAUUAUUGAAUGCGGGUGUGAUAUUAACAUGAUGAUUGAUCUGGCUAAAGUAGCAGAUCUGGUACUGAUGCUUAUAGAUGCCAGCUUUGGGUUUGAAAUGGAAACAUUUGAGUUUCUAAACAUCUGUCAAGUACAUGGCUUUCCUAAAAUUAUGGGAGUUCUCACCCACCUCGACUCCUUCAAGCAUAAUAAGCAACUGAAGAAGACAAAGAAGCGAUUAAAACACAGGUUCUGGACAGAAGUUUACCCGGGUGCCAAGCUAUUCUACCUUUCUGGAAUGGUGCAUGGUGAAUAUCAAAACCAAGAAAUCCACAAUCUGGGCCGUUUUAUUACAGUUAUGAAGUUUAGGCCUCUCACAUGGCAAACUUCUCACCCUUAUAUCCUGGCAGACAGGAUGGAAGAUUUGACAAACCCAGAGGAUAUCCGAACAAACAUCAAAUGUGACCGGAAGGUGUCACUUUAUGGUUAUUUAAGAGGAGCACACUUGAAAAAUAAAAGCCAAAUUCACAUGCCAGGGGUAGGAGAUUUUGCUGUGAGUGACAUCAGUUUCCUCCCAGACCCUUGUGCUCUUCCUGAACAACAAAAGAAGCGCUGUUUAAAUGAGAAGGAGAAGCUGGUUUAUGCGCCUCUUUCUGGAGUUGGGGGUGUGCUGUAUGACAAAGACGCUGUCUAUGUUGACCUUGGUGGCAGCCACGGUUUUCAGGAUGAGGUGGGGCCCACCCAUGAGCUGGUCCAGAGUCUCAUCUCUACCCACUCCACCAUUGAUGCCAAGAUGGCUUCAAGUCGAGUGACACUGUUUUCUGAUUCCAAGCCACUUGGGUCAGAGGAUUUAGAUAAUCAAGGGCUAUUGAUGCCAAAGGAGUGAAAACAUGACUUAAAAACUGGGCUACUGGGCGGCCGGAAAGCCAUUUUUGGAGAUGAAGAUGAAUCUGGAGAUAGUGAUGAUGAAGAAAAUGAGGAAAUAUCCGAAGAUGACUUGUUGGAAAACGACUUAGUGGAGGAGGAAGCAGAAGAGGAGGAAAAUGCUGAGGUGACUGAUCAGUAUAUGGCUGGUAAGGGCGUCAAACGAGUUGAAACUUGAAGAGUUGAAGAAGACAGUGAAAUGGAUUUGCCAGCUUUAAGGACAUGACGAUGACCUUGAGAGGAGCUUCCAGUGGAAGAAGGGGAAGCAGAGGAAGUUGAUGAAAGCAGUGAAGAAGAGGACUGCACUGGAGAGGGGGCAUUUCCAGGAUCAAAGGUUGUUGAGAAGGUAGAAGCAGGGCUAUCACCAGCGAACUGUCAGGAGGACUGUGGUGGAUCUGGAGAAGUCUUGCUGAUGAAGAAAGCAGCUCUCCCCACUUCCGAUUCUGGGCAUUGCACAGCCGAAGAGGCGCGAGAUCUGGAAGAUGAAUCUGAAGAAAGCUCCUCACUCGGUGGAGAAGAGGACUCAGAAAAUGAAGAGGCUAAGAAAAAGCUUUCAAAGCCUUCCCAAGUGAGCAGUGGUCAUCAGCUAAGGAACUUAAUUGAUGAGACCAGUGAUAUAGAAGAUUUACUCAAAGAGGAAGAAGAUUACAAGGAAGAAAAUAAUGAUUCCAAAGAAACCUCAGUGUGCCUCGCGGAAGGGGAAGACCUUUCCAGAAAGGCAGCUGAGGCCUUUCUGAGGCAGCAGCAAGCAGCUCCAACAAAGCUUAUUUAUGGGACAGUGGCAGAAGAUAAUGAAGAAGAAGAUGGUGAUAAUUUUGAGAAGGCUUGAGGGUUGUUUCGUGUCAACCAGCCUGACAGAGAGGCUACAAGGCUGACUUUGGACUGUUCUAGAUUUCGUGAGGCCCCUCAUGACUGGGAUUUAGAGGAGGUUAUGAACAGUAUCAGAGAUUGCUUCGUGACUGGAAAGUGGGAAGAUGAUAAAAGAUGCACAAGUUGGCUAACUGAUUUACUACAUAUGGACCUUAAAAACUUGGAAACAGGGGAUGUGCACAAGGGAAAAUCAGGUCCCGAUACUCAGAACAAUGAUGUAGAGAAGAAGUUAAGAAGAAAUUGACUCUAACGAAGAAGAAAGUACAAGAAAAAGCAUUUGGAUAAGAAGAGAAAAUUGAAGGAGAUGUUUGAUGCAGAAUAUGAUGAAGGAGAAAGCACAUAUUUUGAUGAUCUUAAAGGAGAAAAUGCAGAAACAAGCAGAUCACAUGAUGAAGCCAGAGUUCAGUAACAUGAGGGUUUUCACCUGGGAUGUACGUCUCAUGAGAUUAAAAAUGUUCCUGGGGAAUUUGUGCAGAACUUUGACCCCCAUUACCCCAUUAUCCUGGGUGGCUUGGGCAACAGAGGGAAUGCUGGAUACGUGCAGAUGCGUCUGAAGAAACAUCGCUGGUAUAAGAAAAUCCUCAAGUCCUCAGAUCCAAUCAUUUUCUGUAGGGGUGGGAGAGGUUUCAGACCAUCCACUCAUUAUAUCGAUGACCACAAUGGAAGACAAGGUUUAAAAGUGAUACCCUACAGCAUGCAUUGCGGAGCAGCCUUUUGGGGCCCUAUCACUCCACAGGGAACUGGUUUCUUGGCAAUACAGUCUGUCAGUGGCAUAAUGCCUGAUUUUCGGAUAGCUGCCACAGGAGUUGUCCUUGAUCUGGAUAAAUCCAUGUACCAGAAGAAAUUGAAGCUAACUGGUUAGUAUAAAAUUUUCAAGAAUACUUCAUUUAUUAAGGGAAUGUUUAAUUGCCUUGAAGUAGCCAAAUUUGAAGGUGCUGUGAUUCGAACUGUCAGUGGGAUAAGGGGGCAGAUCACAGCACCCGAGCUCCAGAAGGCGCUUCCUCGGGCCAGCCUUUGAGGAGAACUGCCAGACAAACUACUCUUUUCAGAUAUUGUCUUCAUGCGAAUGCAUCCUGUUUCAUCCCAGCCUCUCUAUAACCCAGUAACAUCUUUGUUGAAACCAGUGGGUGAGAAAGACACCUGUCAGAAUGCGGACUAUAUUAACCUAGGUUUCGCCAUGAAGGCCAGACUAAAGGCAAACAAGGACUUCUGUAUAAGGUACUGGUUGCGUCAAAAGAAACAUUUUAAUUCACUGCACAUUCCAAAAGCUUUGCAGAAGGCCCUGCCAUUUAAGAACAAGCCCAAGACCCAAGCAAAGGCAGGCAAGGUGCCAAAGGACAGGCGGAGACCGGCCGUCACGGAGCCUCAUGAAAGAAAGGUACUGUCGCCUCAUGCCGUACUGCAUGCAUUGAGUACGGUGCACAGCCGGAAGAUGAAGAAGGCCAAGGAGCAGCGGCACCUGCACAAUAAGGAGCACUUCAGAGCCAAGCAGAAGGAGGAGGAGGAGUAGUUGAUGCAGAAGGACCUCAGGAAGAAGCCUAAUCAGGGGCAGAAGGAAAGAAGAAACCAGAAGUCCAGUUUGAAGGGGGCUGAGGGCCAGUUGCAGUAAGCCU